CGGAAGUUUCUGAUUAACGAAGGUUUGGAUUUGGUUCGAGGAACGAAGACAAGUGUGUGGAGAUGGGCGAUCGGAGAAACUAUGACAGGAGAGCUACUAGGUCGGGAAGCGAGGAGCGCGGUAAUAACCGAGGUUCUGACCGUGGUUAUGAUCGCGGUGGCGAUCGAUACUACCGACGGUCUCCGCCGAGAUGCUAUUCGUGCAACGAGCGAGGACAUUAUGCUAACCAAUGUCCAAGUCGUGGGCGUUGUGACAGUCGACAGACUUCAGCGCAUGAAGCGCCUCGAGUACGCUCUAUUUCUCCAGCGAAGGAGGUGUCAGCUGGCAAGGGCGCGUCUACAUCAUUAGACCCUGUAUUGGCGAAGCAGAUCGAAGAACUUGGCAAAGGACUAGCCUCCGUGUCGGAAUUCGUGCAGGCGGAGAUGGCAAAAAAGGCUGAAGAGGAACGAGCUGCGAAGGAAGCGUUGGCCGAAGCACAACGGAAGGCUGCUGAAAUUGCCGAACGCGAGAAGAAGGACAGAAAGAAGCUGGAGAAGCUACGGAGGGAAGAAGAGCGUGCCGCUGAGAUCGAAAAGAAGGUUGAAAUUCAAGUCGCCAUCAAGACGAGUGAAUUUUUUUAUCGGAUGGAAGCGAAUUUGGGACCCGUCAUGUCCUUGGCACGACAGGCUAAAGGCAAGAGACAAGUGGUGUACGUCUCCGACCACGGAACGAACUCGGAUGAUGCGAGUUCUGAAGGGGCUACGGAGGAAAUUCGAACGAAGACUGGAAGACUGACCAUCAACGAGAAACGUAAGAGAGGACCGGAGCCGAAGUUCGACGACAGUCCUCCGAUGCUGACCCCAGCUAAACGUACCCCGAGAACUACGAAGGCGAAGACUCCAGGAGCAACUCUCCGUGUUACUCGGUCGAAGACGAAGGUAAAGACCAAGCUCUCGCCGUACGUCGCCAAAAACAAGAAGAGUCCUGGGCAACCAGGCACCAUAGCGAAACUUCGUUUUCGUAACCAAGCAAUGGAGGAGCUGCGCGGACUUGACGUGCAAGAGCUGCAAGCGAUUUGCAAGACCGAGGGUGUUGCCUAUAAUGGCAAGGUGGAUGCGAUCUUCGACAUCGCAAGCCACAGAACGAGGAAGGCGUUUGGGGAGGUCGAGCCUGUCGACCUGACUGAAGUGAUUGACCAAGCUGACGAAGAAUCUGCAUAUGUCGAUGAUGAGGCAAAUGAUCCGGAGUCUGUCGACCUUGAAGCUGAGGARCUCCUUAGGUUAUGUAUGCUUUUGCUGUCCUUCAAAGGAGAGAUCAAGUGGACGCGUAAGCUUGUUGAUAGUUGGAGAAGACUCUUCGAUUUGCAUGGAUGUGAAUUCUUGAAAUUGAAGGGCUGUGUUUACGUUGCGGUCUCUCCUUAUUGCAAGCUUCAGUACGUGGGUAAGACUAUACGAAAUGUGGACAUCCGCUGGCGUGAGCACCUGAAUGCCURCCGUAACAAGAAGCAGACGCACUUUCAUCGUUGGCUACGCACGUUCGGCAGUGGCAAUUACGUGUUGCUACCGGUUGAUUGUGCUAUUGCUGACGAGUUGCUGAAGCUAGAGGAUGUUUACAUCAAACAGUGGUCGCCAUUUCUGAAUACUAACGGUAGUGGUAAGAAGAAGUGUGGAGAAAGCAAGGCGCAGAAGGGGAAGUAUGAGCGCAAGAAACUAUCUAGGGGUGAGGCCCCUCGGGAUUGCCGGACUGUCCGACCGAUUCAAUUUCGUGUUGAUGACGUUUGGACUCUGGAUCUACUUAAGCUCCUGACCGCGAAGGAUGAGGGAGGAUUACGGAAGCUGUCUAUUGAAUCCAGUGGUGGAAAUACUUGGACGUGUGGUUGGAAAAAGCUUCGGAGAAGAUUUGGGGAAUCUGUCGUUAAGACGACUGAUGGAUCAGUUUUGCUUAAGGUAUACUAUACUGCAAUGAUGAACACGUUCGUUACGAGUCCGGGAUACCGGGUGGUCCAAUCCUCUGCCGCAGAGAUCUUGACGGAGAUUAAGGAGGACGUGACUAACAGCGGACUGAAACAGUUUUCUCGCUGGGAACAGAAGGGCGAGGAGGAAGGCGAGGAGGAAGACGAGGAGGAAGACGAGGAGGAAGAUGAGGAGGAAGACGAGGAAGACGAGGAGGAAGACGAGGAGGAAGACAAGGAGGAAGACGAGGAGGAAGACGAGAAGGAAGACGAGGAGGAAGACGAGGAGGAAGACGAGGAGGCAGGUGGAGGGAGAGGAAGGAGAGGAUAAACCGAAGGAAUAAGAAAAAGAGUGGGGGAGCAUGACGAGG